UCAGUCGUAACCACGCUCUCACCAGUGUAACCUUCGCCCGCUCCCCGUCUCUCACCCAUUCACAAUGAAACUCCAGGUAUUCGUGGUCCUUGUGGGUCUGGCCGGCGUUGCCUUGGCUUACCCAUCGCGCCCCAAGCCUACUUCUGUUUCUGCAAAAGACCUGGACGAGGAACAACUGAGGGAAACCGUCAACCUCAUCGAGAAAUUCAUCCCGCCGAUCUUCCAAGCCAUUAAUGACGACAACGGCGACAUGACCAGCCGGCUACACAAGAUCGUGGACUCCUCCCUGCUGCUGAGUCGCGAGGCCCUGAAGGUAAAGGACCCAUCGGACAGGAACCAGGAGGAGCUGGAGGAAGUGCAGGCCGCCAGGGAGACCAUGCCGCUCAUCCUGGACAUCAUGAGGGCCACCAUAAACUCCCAUGGCAAAGACAGUAAGCCCAGCGGCACCUUUGACUUUGACAUCCCAAGCCAAUGAAACCUCAAAGGCAGAAAAGGACCAAGUUAAGAAAGUACAACUUCACCAAACACAUACAACUAUAGAAGAACUAUGCUACUUGUUCCUCCCCAACGAAGCACUUGCAAUAGAAGCAGAGUCCAGUGAUUUACGUGUCCUCGCUCUCUUUUUAGUUUACUUUCUAGCUUUCCAGCACUGCCACACCUUCCUUUAGUUAUAAGGACUUCUUGACGUAAGCAGAUUUUGUUCCACUCAAAUUAUUGUCAAAUCUUGUAAAGUCAUCAAUGAAACUUCAGAAACAAUUCUGUGAAACCUCGCCAUAGUAAAUUUAGUAUUUAUCACC